AUGGCUGCCGGUGGAGCAGGAUACGGGGACUCGGUGGAGCAGUGCCGGGCCGAGGUGGAGCGUCUGAACCGGGAGCUGGCGGAGGCCAACCGAGAGAAGAUCCGAGCGGCGGAGUGCGGGCUGGUGGUCCUGGAGGAAAACCAGAGCCUGAAGCAGCAGUAUGGAGACCUGGAGGCCGAGCAGGAGGCGCUGAAGCUGGAGCUGGAGCAGCUGCAGGAGGCAUUCGGCCAGGCUUAUUCCACCCAGCGUAAGGUGGCAGAGGAUGGGGAGACCAAUGAGGAGACUCUGCUGCAGGAGUCCGCCACCAAGGAGGCCUACUACAUGGGUCGUCUCAUGGAGCUCCAGUCGGAGCUGAAGCACAGUCGGGCCACUGCUGCCAAUGCUCAGACUGACAACGAGCACCUGAGCUCACUGCUGCAGGAGCUGCGGGAGCAGAGUAACGAGAUGUUGGAGCUGCAGCGCAGUCGGAUGCGAGAGGAGAUCGGGGAGUACAAGUUUCGAGAGUCGCGGCUGCUCCAGGACUACACGGAGCUGGAGGAGGAGAACAUCACUCUGCAGAAGCUGGUGUCAACACUCAAACAGAACCAGGUGGAGUAUGAAGGCCUGAAGCAUGAGAUCAAGGUCCUGGAGGAGGAGACGGAGGUCCUUAACAGUCAAUUACAGGACGCGUUGCGUUUGAAGGACAUCUCUGACACUCAGCUGGAGGAGUCGCUGGAGUCUCUGAAGAGCGAGCGUGAGCAGAAGAACCACCUGCGCAGGGAGCUGGUCCACCACCUCAGUAUGUGUGACGUGGCUUUCACAGGCAGUGCACACCUGAUGUUCACCUCGGCCCCGCCCAGUGGCACUGCCACCCCGACCUCCGUGCUCUCCCCCAGCACCGAAGAUCCGACAAGGUGUAAUGGCCACCUUCAAAGCGGAACAGGAGCAGGCACAGCUACAGGGUCUGCACCCAGGGCUAACGGAGACUGCCGAGGCCCAGGUCGAAAGUCUGAGGGGGAUGCAACGUCGGACCUCUUUAGCGAGAUGAACCUGACGGAGAUCCAGAAGCUCAAGCAGCAGCUGUUGACAGUUGAACGUGAUAAAGUAGCACUGAUGAGCAGCCUGCAAGAGUCCCAGACUCAGCUCCAACACACCCAGGGGGCUCUCACCGAACAGCAUGAGAAGGCCCUCCGCCUUAGUCAGAAAGUCACUGCCCUCCGCCGCCUGCAUCGACGAGCCAGAGCCAGCGCCGCUGCCUCUCAGCUCAACCCAGAAGCCCUGAUGGAGCUGGAUAGGUGUGAGGAGGAGGAAGAAGAGGGUGGAAAUGAUGAUGAUAAGAGCGGGACAGUAAAAAAAAGUCAGGUAUUUUCAUACCAGACACCGGGUCUGGAGAUCUUACAGUGCAAGUAUCGUGUGGCUGUGACAGAGGUGGUGGAGCUCAAGGCGGAAGUGAAAGCCCUGAGGGAGAGACUGGCUCAGUGUGGGGAGGGUGCAGCUCAGGAGAAGCUGAGAGGAAACUGUCAGCUUCAAAGGCUGGAGAGACAUGUGGCCUCACUGGAGAAGAGCUGCCGGGAUGGAAGAGAGAAGGUUUCUACCUUGGAGAUGGACUUGCAGGCAGCUCAGUCAGCAUCCAGGGAGAGUCAGAGUGCGUUGAACGCAGCUCAGGAUGAGCUGGUGACGCUGAGCGAGGAGCUUGCCCAGCUCUACCAUCAUGUCUGUCUCUGCAGCAAUGAGACACCUAACCGCGUCAUGCUGGACUACUACAGACAAGGCAGGGGGCUCAGGGGCCUCAGUGCCUGUCUCAAAGCCAUGUCUUCGGACAACAGCAAAGUGCUCCUCACACCACGCCUGGCCAGGAGGCUGGCCACCGUCGCUUCAGCAACCUCAACUCCCGUGGAGUCUCGGAGUCCUUCGGAGUCUCCGUCCAAAGAGCCCCUAUCUGGGGAGCGGGGGAGAGAGGAGAAGGAGGGGGACCGUGAGGGCCUCCAUGUUCCGUCUGAGCAGAGCUUGCCGCCCUGCACACCUCCAACCCGCUCACCCAGCAUCAGUGCCUCUUCAUCGUCGUCAUCAUCGUCAUCACCUGCCCUGGAGCCAGCUGGAGAGCUGCGCAGGGAGCCCAUGAACAUUUACAACCUUAACUCUAUCAUCAGAGACCAGGUGAAGCACCUUCAGCGGGCAGUGGACAGGUCUCUGCAGCUGUCCAGACAGAGAGCUGCAGCCAGGGAACUGGCCCCUCUGCUGGACAAGGACAAGGAGAGCUGCAUGGAGGAGAUCCUGAAGCUCAAGUCUCUGCUCAGCACCAAAAGAGAGCAGAUAGCCACGCUAAGACUGGUUCUCAAGGCCAACAAACAGACAGCAGAGGUGGCUCUGUCCAACCUGAAGAGUAAGUACGAGGCGGAGAAGUCCAUGGUGACUGACACCAUGACGAAGCUGAGGAACGAGCUGAAGGCCCUGAAAGAGGAUGCAGCGACGUUCUCCUCUCUACGAGCAAUGUUUGCCACCAGGUGUGAUGAGUAUGUGACCCAGCUGGAUGAGAUGCAGAGGCAACUGGCUGCUGCUGAGGACGAGAAGAAGACUUUGAACUCUCUCCUGCGGAUGGCCAUCCAGCAGAAACUGGCCCUCACCCAGCGCCUGGAGGAUUUGGCCUUUGACCAAGAGCAGACCCACCGGACCCGCGGGAGCAGGCUGACCCGUAUGAAGACCAGCACCCCCAAAGUAAGUCCCCCGGCCUCGGCUUCGGCCUCCAACCUUGCCCAUGGCCCCGCUUCGGCUUUGGCCCCUGGUAGCCUCCCCCCUUCCAGCCUUACUAGUCCUACGUCAUUUUUUUCUGAUGACCCUUCAGCCAACCUUAGUGCAUCCAUGGUCAGUGCAGCUGCUGCGGCUCUGGCUUCAGCUCUCACUUCCCCCACCUCACACAUACCCCCCCCUCGCAGUCCAUCAUCACCAGCAAUCGCCUCAUCGGUUGGCCCCGUGGCGCCAGAGAGCCCCCCAUCUUUGGAGGCCCCCUCCUCUUCCUCAUCCCAGACCCCGCCAUCAACCCCUCUGAGGCUGGCUCACUCCCAGUGGACCCUGGGGGUGCGGACGUUUAUGGUUGACUCCCAAAGUUUCAGUGUCAAUAUCCCCCCCGCUCUGCCCCGUAGCUCUGGCCUCUCCAGGCAUUACACAUCAGACUCUCCACCCUCUCCGCUGUCAACCUCUAGCACCACCACCAUUACUGCUACUACCACCACCAGGCCUGCCCAGCCAGAAUCUGCCCCGUCCUCUCCUUACCGUUCCCCCGUCCUAGGGCUCAGGCGCUCCACGUGGAGCCCCUCGCCCCGAACUCGGCCCUUGUCCAGCCUGACACGCUCCUCAAUCCUCCACACUCCUGCCUCGUCCUCCCCUUACUCCUCCUCCCAUUCCCCUUCUUCCUCCCACAGCUAUUCAUCCGCCUACUACAGCUCCUCUUCUGCUUAUACCCCCUCUAGCUCCUACCUCACUUCAGGCACCCCCACCUACUACACCCACUCAAGCAACUACACUCCCCUCUACCCCAGAUACUACAGUUCCUACCGGCCCCGACACUGA